UGGUCUGGUCUGGUCUGGUCUGGUCUGGUCUGGUCUGGUCUGGUCUGGUCUGGUCUGGUCUGGUCUGGUCCUGGUCCUGGUCUGGUCUGGUCUGGUCUGGUCUGGUCUGGUCCUGGUCUGGUCUGGUCCUGGUCCUGGUCUGGUCUGGUCUGGUCUGGUCCUGGUCUGGUCUGGUCUGGUCUGGUCUGGUCCUGGUCUGGUCUGGUCUGGUCUGGUCUGGUCCUGGUCUGGUCCUGGUCUGGUCUGGUCUGGUCCUGGUCUGGUCCCUGGUCUGGUCUGGUCUGGUCUGGUCCUGGUCUGGUCUGGUCUGGUCCUGGUCUGGUCUGGUCUACUGGUCUGGUCUGGUCUGGUCUGGUCUGGUCUGGUCUGGUCUGGUCUGGUCUGGUCUGGUCUGGUCUGGUCUGGUCUGGUCUGGUCUGGUCUGGUCUGGUCUGGUCUGGUCCUGGUCUGGUCCUGGUCUGGUCUGGUCUGGUCUGGUCUGGUCUGGUCUGGUCCUGGUCUGGUCCUGGUCUGGUCUGGUCUGGUCUGGUCUGGUCUGGUCUGGUCUGGUCUGGUCUGGUCUGGUCUGGUCUGGUCCUGGUCUGGUCCUGGUCUGGUCUGGUCUGGUCCUGGUCUGGUCCUGGUCUGGUCUGGUCUGGUCUGGUCUGGUCCUGGUCUGGUCUGGUCUGGUCUGGUCUGGUCUGGUCUGGUCUGGUCUGGUCUGGUCUGGUCUGGUCCUGGUCUGGUCUGGUCUGGUCUGGUCUGGUCUGGUCCUGGUCUGGUCUGACUCCUGUGACGUCUCUCUGGACCCAAACUCAGCUCACAGACGCCUGA